CUUUUAAUUUGUACGCGUUUGUCAGUAAUAAGCAACGUUCGUCGAUUACUUAUUGAGCUUCUACAACUUAUAAUGAGAAACGAUUUGCACGUCGAGGCGACGGCUUUUUAUCAACGUAGAUAUUUCACUAACUUAUUUUAAAUAUGAGUGUAAACCGUGGUGCUUCGUCGCGCUUCCGCGACAUCUCGUUUACGCAUCGCGCUUGCAAGUUGACGCGGUUUAAGUGAUUUAUCGGCAAGUCAAGUUACGUUAAUAAUAAAUUGUGCGUUUAGCGGUAUUUCACAUCGUGUACGGGAGUGCCACGAAAAAUUGCGCGCGAUCGUAACUUAGAAUUUUCGCGAGUGAAUAUUGUGCGAGUGCAACGAGGAAAUCUGGACAAUGACAGGUGAUCGAGGCCUAGGAGGUAUCGGGCAACAGCGGAGCAACCACAAGCGAAAUCGAGUAUGCUCGUCGACAUCGAACCGAAGAAAGCCACAGCCGUCCGAGUAGGCGAGAGUUUGCAAAUUCUCUGCAGUGCCCAGCAACCGCUUCGCGUAUGUCGCGUAGAGAUUCCUGGCGAGGCUAGCCUUGUGCUAAAUGCGAACGAACCGCCGGAAGACGGGAUCGAGUAUUACGGCAGUGGACUAGACGCUGGCCAGUGCGGCGUCCGUAUCGCUAAGGUGAAGGACACUCACGAUGGCGUCUUCAGAUGUUCCCUGACACCCAUCAAAAUCCGGCAAGAGUCAACUGCUUCUCUCAAGAUCAUCGUUGCGAGACCACCCGAGAACCCCCAACUAGAAAUGAGUCGCGGACGUAAUCACGCAAACCGAUACAAGAAGGGCGAAAAAUUGGAAGUCAGCUGCAGCGCUCCGUAUGGACGGCCAGCGGCGAAUGUGUCUCUGUUUCUCGAUGACGAACCGAUUGGCGAGGAAAGGAGCUUUUAUGUAAGCGAUAACAUGGGUCCCAACGAUAAUGCCUUGGCAAUGCAGAACGCUUCGCGCAGUUUAGAUUGGUUAGAUAACGGCAAAAUAUUAAGAUGCAUAGCCAAUCAUAUCGCCCUCGACAGGCCCAAAGAGACGUCUAAGCAACUCGUGGUAGACUAUCCACCUCAGCCGCAUCACACCUUUGAACGUUUCGGAUACGUGAUUGGUAGACAGGGAGUCAUCAAUGUAACCAUUUAUGCAAAUCCUAGGCCGCGAUUCACAUGGCGAGUAGACGACGAAAAAAUUGAAGAGGGUCGUCCCGACGAAAGUAAUCGAUUGGAAACCUCAACCGCCGUCGAUUUGGGGAGAGGAGCAUGGAGCGUAAUUCUGACGAUCGACAGCAUUCAGAAAUCCGACACGGAAAAGAGCUACGUGUUGGAGGCGACCAACAACGAGGGAUCGUAUGAAUAUCGUGUCGUUUUGUCGACAUCCUCAGAACCGGCGGGCGUUGAUUUGGACGCUGGAUCCAUCAUCGGUAUCGUCUUGGGCGUUCUGGUGCUCGUACUCAUUAUUUUCCUCGUAAUCUUUGCACGCGCGACCGGCCGCUGGUGCUUUGCAGGUCAUUCGUCCACCAGGAAUCUCGGGGAGUCAGACUUCGCGGACCCAGCGACGGGCGUUAGCCUUCUUCACCUCGGCAAAUCGAAAACUACGGCCGAUGUCGUUAGAAAAAGAAGUGACACAGAGAGCGCCGGCAGAUAUUCCCGAUCGGAAGUGGACGGAGGGUCGUCCCGAGGACGACGGAAACCGCGGAUCAAUCUGUCCCGAUUCUUUGGAAGGAACAAAGAUAAAGUGUCCGGCGCCGAUACGGACACCAUGAAGACUGUCGUUACCGUCGACGAUGAGAAGCUGCAGACCGUCGAGCCGGCCGAGCAGGGCAGAACGAAUCCUUCUACAGGCGAGGGCGGAAUAGUCUAUGCAGAAUUGGAUCUUACGCAACAGCAACAAGGUGUCGGACCGCGCCGAAUUAAUGAGGACAAGACGGAGUACGCCGAAAUCUUGUACACGAAACCAGAAACCGAGGAAGCAACAGAUAAAUAACUAUUUUCCGCAGAAGCAAUUAAGACGCGAUCGUGUGUUCUCCCUUUCACGCUUUAGGACGAUGUCCGACUUUUUCAGCAAAAUCAAUUUUUCCUACAGAGAAAGUAAAAUAAGCACACAAUUUGAAACGCGAGGAAUACUUCAGGGCACUACUCGCUGGUGACUUUCAACGAUUAUCACGAUCGUUCGCGCGUUCGCAAAUACAUAUGUGAAUGGACACGGUUGGCGGUUCGUCAUUAAUCAAAACCCCGCGAUUACAUGUCUCCGUACGUGUGAUAAUUUAUUGUACGGUACGUAAUUUUGACACCGGUGUUCCGAUUAAUACUUUGAUAUUGCGUCUGCAGAAUCGAUCAUUGUCGAAUUUGACAGCAAAGAAAAAAAACCUUUACUAAUUGGAAGCAAAAAUCGUAAUACGUUGCGGUAUGAGAUUACUCUAUUUCACAUAUGCCCCAGAAAGGUUUGCCCCAGAAGGUGCGUAAUUUUUAACAAAAAGUAAUGUCGACUUUCGUAAUUUGCAGUCGCUGUUUUAUGUAUUCUAAGCGAAAUCGUCAUUUUUACAAUAUAUGUAUGUUGAAAAGUUUAACGCGCUUAAAAAAUCGUAUCGUAUCUUUUUUUAUUUGAGUACGCGAUAAGCAUUUGCUAAUAAUUAUAUUAUGUAAGAUUUAUAUAUUACAAUCGAGGAUUUCAUGGAAGGUAUGAUCUUAACCGUCCAAUUAUCUUAGUCCUGAGUUCUUAGCUAAACAAUUUUAUUGGAAAUCUUUCUCUCGUUGGAACCUUGUGUUAAUUCGCUUUUGAGAAAAUUCUCUGUGAGAAAAAAUAUCUCUUCCUUUUCUUCCUACAAUUUCUUUUAAGCGCAUAUGACUACCGUAACGUUACGUUAAUCGUCGCGCUACGUACUUAAAUAUUUACCUUUAAUGUUGUUACUGUCGGCUUAAAUAACGAAUAAGUAUGGUAAUAUUCGUAUCGCGUCUAUUGCUUAAAAGUCGUUUGGACAAUUCAAUCAAUUAAAUUUUGGAAAGUAAAACAAGUCUUAUAAAUAUAUUAGCUAUAUGAAAAAAGGAAAUUGUUAUAAAAAGAUUAUUAUCAAACGAAUGAUGCUGUGGAAACGAUUUUUAAGUGAAAUCAUUGUUUUUAUAUAUUGUAAAGUUUAAUGUGCUUACAAAUUAUAUAUAUUUAAGCCGUAUCAUGUCUUUUUUUUUAUUGAUGAGUACGCGACAAACAUUUGCUACUAAUUAUACUAUAUAUAAGAUUUACAUAUUACAAUCGCAAUAUUUUUAAGUGAUUUAUAGGUACGUAUCACUUCUUGCAAGAAAUCUAAGCCUAACAUGUUGUUAUAUUAAACUAUCAUUUAAUUCUAAUCAUUUAAACUAAUCAUUCAAUUAAUUUAAUUAAUCACUAAUCAACUAUAAAUUCCGUUUGAUUAGUUCGAUUGUAUUCUAGGUGCAAAACCUACGAUUAUGUCGAUUCAAGCGUUUAUCGCCGUCCAAUAUUAACAACUUUAGUUACUUUUUUACGCAUUUAUUUUAAUAAACAGAUGUAAGCGUAAAAUAUGUGAAUAAAUUAUAUAAAAUUUA